GGCGGUAAAAACCGAAGAAGAGGAAAGAACGACAACGAAGCCAGCAAGCGUGAAUUGGUAUUCAAAGAAGAAGGCCAAGAAUAUGCCCAAGUAACAAAGAUGUUGGGUAAUGGUCGUCUUGAAGCCCAGUGCUUUGACGGCGUGAAACGUUUGGCACAUAUUCGAGGCGCACUGCGGAAAAAGGUGUGGAUCAACCAGGGCGAUAUCAUUCUGCUCUCGCUUCGUGAGUACCAGGACGACAAGGCCGAUGUGAUCCAGCGUUACAACCCAGAAGAGGCUCGUCAGUUGAAGCAAUACGGCGAGUUGCCCGACAGCACCAAGGUCAACGAAAACGAAACGUUUGCUGGUGAAGAAGAGGAUGAAGUCGACUUUGAGUUUGAGAUUGAUGAGGUAAGAAUAAUCAUACAUAAGGCGUACACACACACAGCUAUUUGGGGAGUACAAUGA